AUGAUUUUACUAUAUUUUGAUUUUUUUCUCGAUGCUUUUCUUGGCUUAGCUGCAUCAUUUACACGUAUUCUGAAUAGUUGUAUAAUAACAAUCAUUUAUAUGGCACGUCUUGAUUAUUCACCAUUGGGUCGACAACUGGAAUAUCGUGAUGCAGGCUUUUGUGCUUAUUUAGGUUUCAUAAAAAUGGAAGCAAUUCAUCGAAAUCCAAUUAUGUUGGCUUUUUCAAGUAUUCUUCUAGUUCAUCAACAUACGAAACAAAACAAAUCAUCAGCGAAAGUACGUCAAAAAUGGCGUUUAGCCAUAUUACUAAUUCAUAAUCCAUCGUUAAUUAUCUUGCAAAAAGCAGUUCUUACUCGAAAUAAAGGAAAUUUAGCAUUGUUGCAAACGAUGAAGACUUCUGGAUUCGAGCAUUCAACAAAUGAAAACUCAUUAAAAGCAAUGUUACAUUGUGAAUAUAUUGGUCAUGGAUAUAUUACAUCAAAUAAUUCAGACAAUAUAUUUUCGAAAUUAUAA